GUCAGUUUGCGCCGCCACACAGCCUACAGUACUCUCACUACACUGUACUGCAUGCUUAUUGUUAUUAUUUUGUCAACAGUGUUCAUGCUGCGUGUACUGUACAGUCAUUAUACAUACCGAGAAGAACUGGGAUUUCUAAGCUUUACUAGUACUUGAUCACCAUUUACUGUCAGAUGGCUGCAGUUCAAUAUCCACCCAACGCGGCACCACAGGUAGUCAUGCAUCAGGCUGGCGCCCAUCCAGUCCAGGUUGCGGCCCACCAACCCGUUAACAUCGUCUUGCAAAAGUCAAAUAAAUCAGAUGGAUACAACGCCAGGAGUGGAAAAAUCACUGGUUGGAUGCAGCUCAGCUGUGCCAUAGCCUCUGUCGUGAUUGGUAUUAUAGAGCUGAUCGUCGGCUCACAAGUCAGCAUAGUUGGUACAGGCAUAUGGAGCGGACUGCUUUUUUUUCUCCCAACCGCGAUCCUGGGAAUAGUUUCUAAGAAGAAGAAUACAUGUGUGAUCGUGGCUUACAUGGUGAUGUCUAUCAUAUCUGCCAUUGUCGGUUUUGUUGUAUUUGCUAUGGGCAUCACAUCUGCAGCAGUGAGUGCCAGUAAUACCUGUAGCUUCAUCGGGCUUUGGGGUUGUGGAUAUGCAGUCUCGAACGCCCGGAUUACGUUCGAUUCUUUCCUAGCGAUAAUAGGACUUCUCGAGCUUGUUGUUGCGAUCGUUGCAGCUUGUUACUGCUGUGCUGGGGUUUGUUGCGGACGAAAGGACACACCAACAAACACAAUGGUCUACCACUAUCAGAACAAUGCCAUGCCCAUGAUGGUGAUGGUCCCUGCACCUGGUCAGCAAGCUGGACAACCAUUGUUAUAUCACCAGCCCCCUCCAGUCAAUCAACCCCUGGGAACUUAUCCCGCUCCAGUGGCCUACCCCCAGAUUGGACCACAACCAGGACCAGGACCUCAACCAAAUUACAACGUGGGAGCACAGGACCCUCCCCUCUACAGUGAAGUAGGGCCUGACACUCAGAAAGCACUGCCUGCCAAGAUGUAAAUGGAACAUGCGGUUUUAGCAAAAUGUGAGGGCCUGGAUCGAGGUCACGACACUUUACGAGAAAUAAACGAAAUUCACUGAUAAAAAAUGAUAAAGGCUGAUAAACACUGAUAAACACUGAUAAACACUGCAAGGAAAUAUAUAAGCGGAUCAGAAUGAUAGAAGGAAGGCACAAUAAUUUGAAUUCCGUGAAAAUAUAAGAUCCCUUAAAAGUAGAUGAUAAUUUACUUAUUUGUUGUUCAAAGAGAGGCGCAGCAAAUUCAUUGUUUAGUCUUUUUCACUACCGCCGCCUACGUUUGUUAACUCUCUUUCAAUAGCACAUUUUAGCAUCUUUGUAGUCUGGGCCUCAUUAGUAAACACUUAUUGUAGAUAUUUGUCAUUUUUUUACAUGUAUAAUUCUUGCCAAAUACUAAAAUAGGAUAAACUUGCUAUCAAUUGUACCAUCAUAUGCCCUAAAAAUGAUGUCGGUAGACUGUAUUUCACACAAAGGGAUUUGGCUUUCAGAAGACAGUAUUUAGUCAAUAACUUGAAAUGGCUGUAAUAAAAAAAUCUCGAUAAAAGACAGCCUUUCUAUAGUUUACCAUUGACAUAUAAACCAGAGUCAAAAAUACCCCUUUCAAUAUAGGAAAAGUGUACUUUUUUAUUGCGAAAAGGUGCCCCUUUCAUUUUUAAAAUGUGCCCGUUUCACUUUGUCACGUGCGCAAAUUUGUAGACGUCUUGGCUGAAGAUACAGUGUACAGCUUUAGUUAACCCGCAGUCAACUUCUAGCAUAAGUUGGUUCCCUAAUUCAAAUAAUGAAAUACCUAACCCCAACCGUAAAGAUUACCAACAAAUCUUCGAUCGUAAUCCAAGUCUCUUUGCCUAUAGCCUGGAGCAAAAUUCGCUGCAGAAAAUAUCCAAAUCACUUUAAAAGUCAUAAUUUGAAUGUGUGUACAUACAUUAAGAAUUAAUAUAUUUUCUCAUUUUUAUAGA